AUGGCGGCAUUGGAAGCCGAAUGCGCUGCGGUUGGUCGAGGGUUGGUAUGGCGCUGUUGUUUGUGGUUAUUUUUGUGCUGUCAACACCACAUUGUAGUAUUAGUUAGAGCGGCAUUGCGCAACGACGGCUGUAUAGCGUUGGAUGGCGAGGCGUCGAUGGAACUUGGUUUAUGUCCUGACGGUGCAACGUUUACGGUGUGGAAUUGUGUGCAACUAAUUUGA